GCCAACACCUGGGAACCCCGCAAGAACCUGCGCUGCCAGGGCCUGUUGAAACAACUCCACCGCGACCUCGCUCGCGCCCCGGGGGGGCCCGUCCGACCCGGCCCCCGAGGUCUCCCCCCCCGGGUUUCUUCGUACCUCCUUCAAAAAGCUCAACAACGUCGCGCUUUACGGUGUUGGGAACAACACCUCAACAACACCCGGAGUCACCGGGGGAGGAUCGUGGUAGAAAACGAAGUGGAUUUACACGGGCCCCCCCUGGACUUCGUUUAUAUCAAUGAGUACAAGGUGGGGGAAGGCAUCAACCUGACGCCGGUGGCGGUUGGUUGCGAAUGUUCCGACUGUUUGACGGAAGGAACGGCCUCCACCGGUUGUUGCCCCGGUGCUUCGCGGAAUAAAUUCGCUUACAACGAAACGGGGCAAGUGAAAAUCCGAGCCGGGCUUCCGAUUUACGAGUGUAAUUCCCGGUGUCGCUGCGGUGCCGAUUGUCCCAACCGAGUGGUUCAAAAAGGAAUCCGUUACGAUCUUUGUAUUUUCCGGACGGGCAACGGAAGAGGUUGGGGGGUGAGGACCCUCCAACGCAUCCGGAAAAACAGCUUCGUCAUGGAAUACGUGGGAGAGGUAAGAAAAAAUAAACGGGGUGUUGUUCGGGUUGGGCGUCAACUCUUGGCCAUCUCUGUCAACUCUUGGCUACCUUCAUCCCCUCUUGGCUAC